AUGGGUAUCCGCAAGAAUAUCUGUCGACUCUUCUGCCUAGGGCCCCGUGAGCCCGAGGCUGAGCAAUCACCCCGUCCGCUCCAACACUGGGAGAUCCGUAAUGGUAUCAUCGGCAUGAUCACAGAGCACCUUGACCAAACUCCUCUUGUUUGCUUUGCUACCGUCUGCCCAGACUUCCACGAUGCCUAUUUCCCCCUUGCUAUCGCGAAGCAAAAGAGAAUCCAAGUCGAGUUAGGAAGAGUCCCGGUUAGGGACUACUGCUGCUCCAGCUGCGACGCAUAUCAUCCAUUGCGGCAAGAAUAUUGGUUCAAUGCCCAAUUCUUUACCUGCAAUGACUUUCAUGGCGGACAUCUAGACCCUCAAUCUCUACCAAUGAGAGGAUUUGAUUAUUCGCUCAGUGUGCCUUUCGAGCUCGCACGAGAAAUUAUGAAUAGUCACCUCGAUAAGUCUGGCGACGACUAUCCGGUUGAACAAUUAGUGCCUCAUCAUCCCUUGACAACUUAUCAAGAAAAUGUGGCCUAUUCUAGAUCAUGGUACGCUCGGAUUGUCGACGACCAACUGGUAAUUCACUCUUACACUGCCUUAACCCUUACCACCGAUCGUAGGUUAUCGGGAAACAGCAUCGACAUGGGAAUAAUUUCUAUUUGUCGUCAUGUAAACACCGGCCGGUUGUUACUUGUCCAUCGAAGCCCCCCUCAGGAGAAUUGUUUCUCUAGACGUCACGGUUCUGUCCUAUCCUGUCCCAUAUGCGUUACAGACUACUCCAUUGACGUUAUUUGGAAAGGAGGGCAUUGGGUUGUUGAAAUCUCUACAUAUCACGUUCUUGAAACUACGAAAACGAAGACGAAGACGGACUGGACCUGGGAUGUCAUGUCCUAUUGUCCAGACGAGGCCCGCAAAUCACCACGAUUCAGGAAGAUGAUGGGGACACCGCCAGGAAUUGCGAUGCACAAGUGGCGCGUACGGAACGCCAUGGCCCUUGACUGGAGGUCAGAGGGGGAUUGGGCGCCUCAGCCAGCGGUCCAUUCUGACCCAAAUUACUUGGAUCGGCCUGUUUAUGUGUAG